CAACUGCAAAGAGUAUGCACAUGCAUCAGCUCAAAAUCCAGUUUAGGCAGCCGGCAUUGCACACAAAAUCAUGAAAGAAAUGUCUUUUCAAAUCCUUCUCUUGUGAUUUUUUUCAAUUUUAAUUUUGUGAAAUCUGUUUGUUUGCAUUUUAAAGUUGCAUAUUGUACAGAACAGGUAUUUGACCCCCACAGAAGCAGUGAAGACGAGGAAAAAAAGGUUUUGUACAAAAUAAUUGCUGUGAUUAAUCCAGUGCCUGAACUUUAAUUUGACAUGUGAUUAGUGAAUCAAUGUCUUGGAGUUUUUGCUGGUUUAAUGCACGGCUGAAACAGUUCUUCACAAAUUGCAUUUAUUCAUGACUGUGUUUGUGCUGCUCUGCAUAUGAAUGCAGGCACAUUUUGGCAUUACCUUGUUUCUGUAUAUGCGUGUGUUUGUGUUUGUUUGUAUGUAGAUUCUUCAGGGUCCGAUAAGUGUCCAUUGGGUCAAUUUCCAUGUGGGAAUCUAUCGAUUUGUUUGCCACAACCACAGCACUGCAACGGGCAGCAGGACUGUCCUAAUGGAGCAGAUGAAGAGAACUGUGUGGAUAACAGUGGUUGGCCACACUUGUUUGAUGCCUUCAUGAAAAAAAGAGUCCAGGAGUCAAAAGAGUGCAUGUUAGACGUCUAUCCAGACGUGUGUCAUUGUGAGGGACGGAAGGUGAACUGCAAUGGCAAAAAUCUCCUUCACAUUCCUGCUGUGUCCUCUAAUGUUACAGCACUAGAGCUCAACAGUAACAGGAUCGAAUCUCUUUCUCGAGACCUGUUCAUCCGCUACAGGCGCUUGGAAAGACUACAUUUGGAGAGUAAUAGUAUAGAAAUGAUCUCCAAGAGGGCAUUUUCCGGAUUGUUCUCUUUGCGUAAACUUUUUUUGAGUCAGAAUAGGAUUUUAUCUCUGAAAGCAGGGAUAUUUAGUGACCUCAGCAGUUUGGAGUGGCUGAUUUUGGAUGAGAAUAGAAUAUCAUCUUUGCGGCAGAAGUCUUUUGAAGGCCUGAAGUCUUUAUUUUUCUUAUCUUUAUUGAAUAACUCUGUUGAGCAGUUUCCUAAAACGUCUAUCUGUCUCGAGAUGCCCCGCCUCAAUUGGUUGGAAAUGGAGGGAAAUAGAAUAUCUUCUCUCUGGGCUUCAAGUUUCAAAAACUGUUCUUCACUUACUGUUUUGGCACUGAGGAGGAACCACAUUAGCUCCAUUGAGGAGGGAACAUUUGCAGACAUGCAUAAAUUGAUAGACUUAGAUGUGUCUGUGAACCAGAUUCAAGAUCUGCCUCCAUCUCUCUUCCAGAACCUCCAGAACCUUAAACAGCUAAAUAUCUCCAACAAUCCUCUGGCGCACAUAUACAGCAAUCAGUUUGACAGUUUGGUGAAUUUACAGUCUCUGAGUAUGGAAGAAGUGGAGAUUCUCGACAUCAGCAUCAGGAUGUUCCGGCCCCUAAAUAACCUCACUCACAUCUAUUUCAAGCGCUUUGAAUUCUGCGGAUAUUCUCCCAACGUGCGAAGCUGCAAGCCGAACACAGAUGGAAUCUCCUCCUUUGAGAAUCUCCUUGCUAACAUCAUUCUGCGUGUGUUUGUCUGGGUCGUUGCCUUCAUCAUUUGCUUCGGAAACAUCUUCGUCAUCUGUCUGCGCUCUUGUAUCGCCUCUGAGAAUCAACAUCACACCAUGGCCAUCAAAUCGCUUUGCUGUGCAGACUGUCUGAUGGGCGUGUACCUUCUUUUCAUUGGUGCCUUUGACAUUAAAUACUGCGGCGAAUAUAACCGCCAUGCUCAGAUAUGGAUGGAAAGCCUGUCCUGCCAGCUGAUUGGCUCUCUGGCCAUGCUGUCCACGGAGGUAUCCGUCAUGAUGUUGACCUACAUGACUUUGGAGAAGUACCUGUGCAUCGUCUUCCCGUUCCAGCAUUACCGCGCUGGCCGAAAACAGACCCUCUGCUCGCUGACCUUCAUCUGGCUGCUGGGAUUCGUCAUUGCUGUUAUUCCCUUCUGGGAUAAACAGACAUUUGGGAAUUUUUAUGGUCGAAAUGGAGUUUGUUUCCCUCUUCACUCAGACCAGACAGAGAAACCUGGUGCCAGAUGCUACUCUACAGCCAUCUUCCUCGGUCUGAAUCUGCUGGCCUUCGUGAUGAUCGUAUUCUCCUAUUCCAGUAUGUUUUACUCUGUGCAGAAGACGGCAAAGACAGCUCGCCAGACAGUAUUUGAUCGUGAGGUCUCCAUCGCAAAGAGAUUUUUCUUCAUUGUCUUCACUGAUGCGAUGUGCUGGAUCCCCAUCUUCCUCUUGAAGAUUCUCUCGCUGCUGAGAGUACAGAUCGCAGGUACCAUCAUUCUGUGGGUGGUGAUUUUUAUCCUACCUAUAAACAGUGCCCUGAACCCCAUUCUGUACACUAUCACAACCAGCGCAUUUCAGCAGAGACUUAAACAGUGUCUAAAAUAUCGUUGCCAGGAGACAAACUGAUUCGGACUAUCACACAUACACUAUGCAUAUGAGAUACAUUGAGAGUAAUCUUCCAUGCCAAAUAUAAAGUCAAUGACCGCAGAAGCAUAAGAUAAUCAGGUCUGCUGUACACCAGCCCACAUGCACGGUCAUGGGAACCAGCAGACCAACGUCAUGCACUUAUGCAAUUAAUCUGUACUACCAAGCCUGACAUGAAAACUAAGAAACUUGCCAUAUGCACCUGAAGCAAUGUGUCUGUAUGCUGUGAAAGCUAAACUCUGCAGCUGUCAGAGGAGCCAAUGGACAGAUAAAGGUUUGGGGUGGACCCAUGGGCAGAGGACUGGAACCCUUGGAAACAGAGAGGCAGAGCUUCAUAAGGAAAUUUUCUUGAAUAAAUAUACUAAUCUGUAUGAGUUUUUGAAAAGAUUUUGUGUAGUGAAUGAAUGUAUUGAAACUCUCUGAAUCAUAAUUCAUCCCUGAAAAUUAAGAGAAAUAUAGAUAAUGUUACAUAAUGUUCAUAGUAGCAUCCAGUAAAACAUUUGCUCCAAACUGCUGUUAAUAAAAUGACGUUACCUGUGUCAGCUGAUUAUAACACUCACUGCCUUCAUUGGGUUGCUGUCAUUUGUGAGCUG